UACUUUCAGCACAACUCUUCGAAGACUUUCUGAACUGCUGGGUGGACUGCCAGCUGCCGAUCUCGCUGUUGACAGUAAAAGCAGAUAUGUUCCUUGCUCACUGCCAUUAGCACUGACCAUGACCCUUCACACCAAAACCUCUGGAGUUACCCUGCUGCACCAGAUUCAAGGCACUGAACUGGAGACACUGAGCAGACCUCAGCUGAAGAUUCCCCUGGAAAGAUCGCUCAGCGACAUGUACGUGGAGACCAACAAGACAGGAGUUUUUAACUACCCAGAAGGAGCCACCUAUGAUUUUGGUACUACAGCUCCCGUCUACAGCUCUACCACGCUCAGUUAUGCCCCUACGUCUGAAUCUUUUGGGUCCAGCAGUCUGGCAGGAUUUCACUCCCUGAACAGUGUCCCGCCAAGCCCGGUGGUGUUCUUGCAAACGGCACCCCAGCUGUCGCCCUUCAUCCAUCAUCACAGCCAACAGGUACCCUAUUACCUUGAAAACGAUCAGGGCAGCUUCGGGAUGAGGGAAGCUGCUCCUCCAGCCUUCUACAGGCCGAGCUCCGACAACAGGCGGCACGGCAUCCGGGAGAGGAUGUCCAGCAGCGGCGAGAAGGGGAGCCUGGCCAUGGAGUCCACCAAGGAGACGCGGUACUGCGCCGUCUGCAAUGACUACGCCUCGGGCUACCACUACGGCGUCUGGUCCUGCGAGGGCUGCAAGGCCUUCUUCAAAAGGAGCAUUCAAGGGCACAAUGACUACAUGUGUCCUGCCACUAACCAGUGCACCAUUGACAAGAACAGAAGGAAGAGUUGCCAGGCCUGCCGGCUGAGAAAAUGCUACGAAGUGGGGAUGAUGAAAGGUGGAAUCCGGAAAGACCGCAGAGGUGGGCGAGUGAUGAAACAAAAACGCCAAAGAGAGGAGCAGGAUUCCAGGAAUGGGGAGGCUUCUUCAACAGAGCUGCGAGCUCCCACCCUUUGGACAAGUCCGCUGGUGGUUAAGCAUAACAAGAAGAACAGCCCAGCCCUGUCCCUGACGGCAGAACAGAUGGUCAGUGCCUUGCUGGAAGCUGAGCCACCCCUGGUUUAUUCUGAAUACGACCCAAACAGACCGUUCAAUGAAGCCUCUAUGAUGACCCUGUUGACCAACCUUGCAGACAGAGAAUUGGUGCACAUGAUCAACUGGGCAAAGAGAGUUCCAGGAUUUGUGGAUUUAACACUCCAUGAUCAGGUCCAUCUACUGGAAUGUGCCUGGUUAGAGAUACUGAUGAUCGGCUUAGUCUGGCGCUCCAUGGAACACCCAGGAAAGCUUUUGUUUGCACCUAACCUGUUACUGGACAGGAAUCAAGGGAAAUGUGUAGAGGGCAUGGUGGAAAUUUUUGACAUGCUGCUGGCUACUGCUGCUCGGUUUCGCAUGAUGAACCUUCAAGGGGAGGAAUUCGUGUGCCUUAAGUCCAUCAUCCUGCUCAAUUCUGGUGUGUACACUUUUCUUUCCAGCACCUUGAAAUCUCUGGAAGAGAAAGACUAUAUUCACCGUGUCCUGGACAAAAUCACAGAUACUCUGAUCCACUUAAUGGCUAAGUCAGGUCUUUCUCUGCAGCAGCAACACAGACGACUGGCUCAGCUCCUGCUCAUCCUCUCUCACAUCAGACACAUGAGCAACAAAGGAAUGGAGCACCUGUACAACAUGAAGUGUAAGAAUGUAGUUCCACUCUACGAUCUCUUGCUGGAGAUGCUGGACGCUCACCGGCUGCACGCCCCAGCAGCCAGGAGUGCUGCACCCGUGGAGGAGGAGAACAGAGGCCAGCUGACAACUGCAUCAGCUUCAUCUCAUUCCUUGCAGUCCUUCUAUGUUAGCAGCAAAGAAGAGGAAUAUGCAGAAUACAAUAUAAAUGGGAGUCAGCAUAUACAGUGGUAUGAGAAACCCAGCAGUGUUCUACCUAGCUCAUGCUUCAUUUCAUCUACAGUGCCACCUUUGAAAACACUCCAGUGACAACAGACACCAGCAUUUUCCAUAUGAGUGUUUGUCAAGCGCUUGCCUAAAUUGAUUGCUUAUCUUAAAUGGAAGACAUUUCAUUACCAUGGAUAGCCAGGAAGGAUUGUCUGGCUAACUUGAUUUAAAAUUUGCAGUGUUUUAAUUUAAUUUGGCAUCUUAUUUAGGUAACUAAGUCCUCAUCUGAAGCAUACAUUCAUUUUGCUAUAAAUUGAUAGGCCAUACCACCUGUGCAUAUUGGUAUCUUCAUCAGUGGUGGUCUUUGUUAAUAUCCAUCCAAAAUCCUGAGCUCACUUAGUCCUUUACAUGCUUGAAACUUUGAAGCAGUUUGGUAGAGAUUCUGGAUGACUUUUUGGGCAGCGUAAAGAGAAAGUUGACUGGCAUCUUAGUGUGCCAUAGGGAAGCUGCACUGUGAGAGACUGCCUUCGUGAGUGAGAUUCCUGCCUCUUUUCUUCCUACAGUAUAAAGGAACUGCUGUCUGAGAAUUAUAGUAUUUUACCUUGCUGGCUUAUGUCACCAGACAACUCCCUUUCAACCUCAUUCUGACCAAACUUUUAGGUACCCUUACCAUAUCCUCUAGAUGAAUUGCUUUGCAUGCAUGCUAUUUUUUCUGAUCCUAGAAAGCGAAACAGUUUUGUUGCCCAAGAGUGUAAAUCCAGGGCAACAUGGCAAACAGUGAUAACAUAGAGAAUUACUCUUGAAUCAGACCAGAUGAUUACAAAAAUCAUCAGGUCUUUUAAAAAGGUCUUCACACACAUGCAGGAUCCAGCACUUUUUACAAAAAAUCCCUCCCCUAUCCUGUGCUUUGUUGUGCUACAAAGCAAGGGAUGAGGAUGCUAGUGUGAGACUGGCACGGAAGGAUGGGAUGAUCCCAUCCCACUCAGCAGAGUGUGGUCUAACUGUGUGUGGGAGGGCUAGUAUUGCAGUCAGAGCAGCAGGUUUUUCCUUGCCUUGGCAUUCUUUGGCUCUUGGUGUGGCAUGCUUCAAAAUCACUGUUAAGAGCCAGCUCACCUGUGACACCAACACUAGGCAAUGAGCCUCGCACAUGGUGCAGACUUUGAGACUGCAUGUCCAGAAAGAUGAAUUUUUCUCCAUGCAUGUCUGUAUGUCCUAAGGAUAUUCAUAAGGAUCAGUUUGAUUCUUCAGACCAACUGUAAAUAUACAAAAGGUCCACUGACAUCAAGAGUUUCAACAAGACGUGAAAGAGACUGAAGAACUCCACAUGAUGUGCUAUCCAAAGUAGGAGUUGGUGCUGCUGUUUGACUGGCGCUAUGCUAGAAAACUAAAUGUCAGGGAACUUUGCUGGGUACUGGAAUGAGAUCAUUACAUAUGCCAGGGUUAUUUUACUAAUGUAAUUAUAAACUUUGCCUGUGCUAUCUGCACUUCUGACUGACAGGUGCGGAUUGGGAGUUAGCACGGACCAGGGACUAUUCCAACAGCUGGUUGGAAGAAACCACCCUACCAGUGAGGCUGUUUUCCUAGCACAUGUGUAGGCUGCUCCACAGCAUCUGGCAACAGUGCUAGUGAAAUGGUUCGGGGAUGUUUUUGCUAUAGUUGAAACCUUUAUGUUAAUUGGAAUAUCCCAUAGAAACUCAAUAUAGGAAACAGUGCAAGUAAUGUCAUACAGGAGUGCCUAUGUCUAAUCACAAUCCCUGUCACACAGGCAGAGUCUGUGUGCAGUGAGAUCAAGUUUCACAGCAGUUGUGAAGGCAGCAAGGCAUAGGACAGGUUUGUGCUUCAAGUCAAGCAUUUGAUUCUUUAGUGAAUGUACAUAAUGGUGUCUAUAAUAGUUUAAUGUACAUAUCUGAGGAUAUGAGCAGUUUGAAAGCCUAAAGCUACAUGCUACCAAUGUUUGAGAAGAUUCCUUGAGAAAUGCAAGCCUAAACAUGUGAAGCGAUCAUCGUAAGUUCAUAGGCCUUUUCUUGAUGCAUAUUAUGGUGUCAUUUUUUUCUGAAUGUGCUGAAGAUUUUGUCUUUUUAUGUGUUCAGUAAAAGCAUGUGUGUGUGUGUGUAUGUGUGUGUGUGUGUGAGCGCUUAUUUGGUACCUAAGGGCUUUUUGAAGGCUCCUAAAAUGUCAUGAAAGAAAAUGGAAAUUUUGGGUUUUUUUAGUGGCUGGUUUUCAUAUGUGUUAGAAAAACCAUGAGUUUACUGAAAUGAGUGCAGGCUAAGAUCUGAAUGGAGCACAGGAAUCCCUGUAGUUAAAUUUAUGUGCUUACACCGUCAUCAUUUACUUGUAACUUAGUGUGCAUUAGAGCUGCUCUUUAAAUACUGUCUGUACAUGCAACCUGUUGUCUAGGCUAGAACACACAGAUCAAGCUCAUAAGCUGGAAAACAAAUUGGUUUAAAUGAAUGCCUCCCUUCCUACAUCCCAGAAUAAGUAAUUACAUUGAUUCAAGUGUAAAUUUGACCUGGAGCAUAAAAGGUAUUACACAGAGAGCAAUUCACAACAGAGGGUCAGAUUUGGAUGAUACCAUAAAGGGAAAGUACCUUUACUCUCAUGAGAUUUUCCUAGUGAAGAUGGAAAAGCAUGAUUUGAAGUGGUAUGCAGCAGUCAGAAGGGUAUCAUAAUGUGUCUUGGAAUAUAUAGAAUAAUAUCAGUCAGCUCACAAUAACGAUUAAUUCUUUCCUGGGUUCAGGCCUUACAAGGAAGCAAUUUAGCUUUCAUCCAGUCCUCUCAUGUUUGUGGUGGCAACAGUGAAGGGCAACCUAGAAAGAGUGAUUCCCAGUAAUACAUUAAUUUACCUCGGGGCAGUUUUAGGAUCCAUGUCAUUAACUUUUUAUUGAAGCAGCACCUUAAUGAAUAUAGUAACAUUCCCAGAGUUAUCUAUAAAGAUGGCCCCCAUAUCAGACAGAUGAAUGUAGCUAUUCAAUUGAUUAAAUAAAGUCAAUGAUACAAAAAUCACUUUUUUCAUAUGUAUUUCUGAAUGAUGCUCUCAUGUAUGCAAACAAUUGUGCCUGACAUUUGGUAAUUGUUAUUUCACACGAUGCUAUUUUAUGUGUGUGUAUAUAUAUAUAUACAUAUAUACUUUAUAUUUGCAGCUGACAAACCAGUACUACCUGAAUAUCUGGUGCUGGAUAUUACAUAAAAAUAUAUAGCAUGUAAAAAGAAAGAAAACUUUUCAAGGCAGCUAAUUAUGCUUUUACCAAAACAUUCAUAGUGAUGUCUCUGGACAGCUAACAAAAUAAUUAUUUUGUAAUGUUUAUACGUGGAUUUUUUUAAAAAAACAAAAACAUCAAAAAACAAACCCUCUAGAAACAUAGGCAAUGUAAUACCAGCACAAGGCAAAUAUAAAUAGACCAGAUUAAUUUGCUUUGCUUGAGAACAUGGUUGUUACUGAAGUAUUGCAAAAAGCUUGGGAGGUAGAAGAGGGGAUAGGGAGAUGUGUAGCACUUAGUGGUGUCAGAAUAUGUGGUGUUUGAAUACACGAAAGCUACUCUGGUUUAUAGUGGUUUGAGCCAUGUCUCAAUGUUGCAGACUUUGUCUCAGGUAAAACUCCCAGUUGGGGUAGUAAGAUUUGUACUCGGGUAACAUAGUUUAAUGAAAGUUUUUUGGUGUGUGUUGUAAUAAAUUUACUAUUAUGUUUCAGUGACAUCACUUGAUGAUUUUUCUCCUUCUCUACAAUGAGGGGUUUAAAAGUGUAAUUAAAGAAAUAAUCCAAACUGAGCUCCCAAGGAUAUUGCAAGGACUGUCAGCAGAUCCCUGGACCUUGAGUUGAAAAAAAGCAAGCAAAAAACCCCAAACCAUCCCCUUCAUAUGAAUCAGGAUUUGUACUGGAGCCUCCAUCCAUUUCAGUUGAUGGCAACUAAUUCCUUAAGACCUGUGCCAAAUGUUUAAAAAUAAGCAAACUACCAACUGAAUAAAAAAAAUCUGCCUCAGUAGGUCUUUAGUCUUAUUGCAGGCUUAGUGAGAACAUGGUAAGCCCCUGUGUAUAUAAUUUCCUGCUUUAAAAUUAGAGUGCAAACUUAACAUACAGAUAAUGGGUUUUGUAUAUAAGGCAUUCUCAGCUGAAUUUGUGUGAAGUGCAUUUCUUACUUUGAAUAAAGAGAUUGAUGUUUUCAAUGUUCUCUACAACCGUGAUAUGGCUUUACAGAUAUAUUGAGUCAACACGUGUAAUAGAAGGGUGAUGUUAACAAUGGUAUCCUAAUAGAAACCAAUCUUUGCUGUCACCUGCAAGUGUAGCAUAAUCUCAAAUUGAUCUCAGAGUUUAAAAUUAAUUUUUCUCCAAUAUUAAUGUCCUACUCUUUCUACUCACAGUUCCCUUUCAUCCUUCAAAUGUAGGUAGCCUUAUAUCCUGAAGGUUGUUUUCAAAGUGAUUGUUGCCCAUAAAGGGUACUUGGUUUUGCACUGUGUUAGAGACAUAUUACAUUCUUUUGCAUUCAAAUGUGCCUACAGAAAAUAAAUAAACAAAAAUUUAGAAAAAAAUAUGCUGCCAUCUUGCAAAUUAGAAAAUUCUGCAAUCCUGUGUGCCUAUGAUUAGAAGUCUGUUUCUUCAGAAAGUGCCCAUUGAAAAAGGAAGGGAUAGACUGCUGGUCACGAGACUUGCAUUACCAAGCCACUUUAUGUAUUACCUUAUUGAUGUACUAUGAAACCAAUGCUUUUGUGUGCACUAUGUAGUCUGUCAAUGCAAAGUCCUUUCUUUGGUAUAGGCUCAGCCGUCAUAAUGUAUUUGUCGAAGUAUUCUGUUCUUUCACUGAUGCAUAUGAAAUUAUUGACGUCUUUGGUUAUGGUGAGGUAUAUUUUUCUUUGUUUUGCGCCUAAAAAAGUUCUAAAAAAGUCUAAAUAAAAAAUCUGGUAGGCUACCUGAUUGGUGCAAGAUUUUUAUCAAUGUAUUUGAUGUUGAAAAUAAAGAAUUAAUCAGAAAACAUUGUUUUAUUUUGUUAUAUUUUGCAUGUUUUAAAAAUAUGCUUCUCCGCUUAUUGUUUUCCAGUGGGCAGCAAAAUGGUGCACUGUUUUUGAAAGAAUUAGAAUGUGUCUGUUUCGGUGCAUCUAAAUGAAAGUUAAAACUGUUUCUUAGUUUCCUCAUUUUCCCUGUAAAGAAUCAGAGACUCCGUAUCUAGAGUCAAAAACAAGCUAAGCGUAGUCUCUAGCAAUCCUAAUGACACCAAGGAAGUUAGCUAAGAACCUAUUACGUUAUGUGCUUUAAUGUUCUUAGUAUUUUGGUUACAUUCCUUAUUUUGGCUUGUGAAAUAGAUUAUGGCAGAAGAGAAAAAUUGUGUGAGUUUAGCCUUCUAUAGUUGGCUGCUACUUCCCAUGAGCUAGCUUACAUCCAGGGAAAUAGUACUCUUUUCCCAAGUGAAACAAAUCCUCAGGAAAAGAAAUUUUCUUGACUAAGGCAUUGGGAAGGGAUGAAGUGAAAUGAAAGAUACUUUUAUUAACAUAAGACCACUUUGAACUCAACUCUAUUCUGUAAAACAAUCUAAAAAUUAUAUUUGGUGUUUGCAAAUAAUCAAACCAAUAAUCUAUAGCAUUUGCAUACACACUGACAUAUUUCAAUACUUGCAGUAUAUAUAUUUAUCAGUAACAUGGAGAGAAUAUGGUCUCUAUAUUGAUUAUUUUUUAAUCUAUUUUCUGUGCUGUGCUGGUUCAACAUAGGACUAUUGGCUCACAGGUUUUUUUCUUAUAUGAAUAUAUAUAUGUAAAAGCUCUUUAGUUUUAUGGGAUGUUUCAUUGUACUUAACUUAAAAGGAAAAAAUUAUGAGAUGGUUACCUGGA